AUGAACGAGCGGGAGCGGGCAGGCGCAGUGGGCAGUCAAUUCUCUGAGGAGGCGAUGGAGCCCGGGCCAAUUGACGACAGCCUCAGCGAGCACAUGCGUCGCAGUGCUUCUGUUGACGGAGAGUCCCCAAUACAACUUCGCGGGGAUCCAUGGCGGUUCUCGGUGGGGUUGAUAUUCUGCAUCAUAUCCAUGUCCAAUGCGAUGCAGUGGAUCACAUUUUCCUCCAUUGUGGUUGAGGUGCGCAUGUAUUUUAACAUGACUGCAGUGCAGGUGAACUACCUCACCACAACCUAUGUCAUUGCGUAUGUUGCUAUUGUGUUUCUCAGCUGUAAGCUAUACGAGGUGACUGGAGUAAAAAACGGAAUUGUUGUUGCGGCUCUGGCAAAUGCCAUUGGUGCGGGACUCAAGAUUGUGGCACUAUAUGCGUGGCCAAACAUGAUUCUUCUGUUCAUUGCGCAGGUAUUUAACUCCAUGACGGAGGUUCUCGUCAUUGCCACACCGCCACUUAUUGCAAAUCGCUGGUUUCCCGAGCGCGAGCGCAUGGUCGCUAACACUAUUUUGAGCAGUGCCCUCAACUUUGGGUGUGGUGUCGGUGUGCUUCUCCCAACAUUCUUCGUUACACCUGAUAAACAAGAGCAGCGUCACUUCGCCAACUUGUUCUGGUUUCAAUUUGGCAUAUGUGGUGGAGUUUUGCUGCUGGCUAUCUUCUUUAUUCCGGCACGUCCGCGCUAUAUUGCAAGCUAUGCCGCAGCACGACAGCAAAGGAGCGAGGAGAAGAGGCUGCAAACCGUCCGUGAUAUGAUGCACCGUCGCGAGAGUCAGAAAAGACAACCACACAAGGAAGAGGUGGUGCACAAUCAAGCGGAGAAUGGGGGGGAGGAGGAGGAGGAGGAGGGGGAAUACGAAGUGCAGCCUAUUAACGUCUUCUCCACCAUUAUGGACGCACUCCGCAUGUUGCGCAAGAACCCCCCUUUUGGCUUUCUUAUGAUUGCAAGUGCAGCGGAACUUGGUCUUAUCUGGGCCGUCGCCACUGUUUUGCCACAGUGUCUUAUUCCCUUCGGUGUGACUGAAGUGGAGAGCGGAUGGAUCGGCUUCCUGAACCUCGUCCUCGGCACCGUUGUUGCGCCGUUCUUAAUGCCCCUUAUCGAACGGAAGCGCCGAUACAAGGCUGUGCUUGUCUGUAUUGGCAUGAUUUUGACCGCGAAUAUGUCCGUUUUGACGCUCUGCCUUGCGUACGGUCCACCCGUACAUGAAAACCGGAUAUACUACGUCCUUGUUGCGUUUUUAUUUUGGGGUGGCAUAGCAGGAUUGUGCCAGAACUUCAUGAUGCCGAUUAUGUUUGAGUUUGUCAUUGAGCUUACCUUCCCAAUGGCAGAGUCAACGAGUGCACCGGUUCUGACGUGGUCGGCGUGUCUGACCAACCUUAUUCUGGCGAUUGUUUUUGGGGAAGUGCUCGGCAACGACCCGACCCAGGGUGAUGCACUCAACGUGUUUGUGGGGGCAACAGUUGUGUGCUUUAUAGGCGGCCUCGCACUGUUGCUGGUGUAUCCGUAUAGGCGAAGGCAGGAGUACGAGCUGCUUAUGAGGGAGCGCGACGAGGCUCGCUUGCUUUCACGGCAAGAGCGGGAUGCUGAGAGGGAUGGGGGUAGCGGAAAUGUGGAAAAAGGGUGA